CAUGGCUACAUCUUCUCACAUUCAAGCAGCGGCAGAAUGUUUGGGAGGGAGGCCAAGUGUGAGUCCUCGGAGCUCGCUUCUGGCGAGCUAGUGGCGGACGCACACACGAAUGACCCCCCUGCCGACGCAUCAGCGGCUGCUACAGCGCAGUCACUGGCCAUCGUCACCGUGAAGAAUUUUGUGAGCGGCACCAUGGGCGGUGGUUGUGAAGCAUUCGUGGGCUAUCCCCUCGAGACUGUCAAGGCGCGUAUGCAGACGCAACAAAACAAUUCCAGAGCAUUCACGGGGCCUUUCGACUGUCUGAAGAAGAGUCUACAGGACGGAGGCGUCGCAUCUCUCUAUCGUGGCGCGUCGCCGCAGAUCUUCCGAUCAGCCAUGAGCGCAUCGAUCAUGUUUGGGCUCAUGGGGCAGUACCGCUACUUUUACUCUAAAACGCUGUUCGACAACCCGGACUAUGCGCUGAUAGCUGCUGGAGUUUCGACGGGUUUUACUGAGGGAAUGCUCUACACUCCUUUUGAAGUGAUUAAAGUCAGGAUGCAGACGCUAUAUGGAGGCACCAAGACUCGAAUCAGCAACUGGCAGUGCGUUAGGGACGUGUAUAGUCGAAAUGGAGUGGGAGGACUCUAUCGCGGCUUCUGGCCGACGGCAGGCCGCGAGAUGUGGGGUAACGCCACGUAUUUCAUGGCGUACGAGACAACCAAGGAUCUAUUGCUCAAUCGUUUUGUGCACAAUGUACCUGGAUUGUCGCCGGAAGCGGCGAAUUUGCGCACGUAUCAGUCCAUCGCCUUCUCUGGAGGCUGCGCUGGCUUCAUGUAUUGGCUCGUGGUGUUCCCCGUAGAUACGGUAAAGUCCGUCCUCCAGGCUGAUCGUCUGGACAAGCCUCGCUUCAACGGCAUAGCUGAUUGUUGUCGACAACUCUAUGCUGAAGGAGGACCCACGCGGUUCUACAGAGGAAUCACACCGUCAUUGCUGCGAGCAUUCCCUGCAAACGCCGUCACCUUCGUCGCCUUCGAGAAGACUAUGAGCUUUCUGAACCAACUUUUUUAACCAGAUAAUUCGCUAUAGAAUUUAAAUUCAAAAAUAUAACGAGUUUUUUUUGUUGUUGCUUGAAACAAAACUCUA